AUGGAUAAGCCAAUAAAUAGGUCAUUGUACUCUCCGCUUGGCCCGUCGCAAAUCAGACUCCUGACGCUUCUACCUGGCGACUCGCAAGACCGGACCAUACAAUGCGCUUUAAAACAUGCCACCUUGCAGAUCGAAUCCGCUCGCGAUAUACAGUACUGGAGAGUUCAAGAAACCUUAUCCAGAUCAAAAACGCAACGGACGCUUCGACGAUGGAAAUCAAUUGGACAACCAGGCUACGAAGCGCUGUCGUAUUGCUGGGGUCCUAACGUGAUUUACGACUCAAUCGAUGUCAAUGGCCAUCAAGUGCCUGUGCGGCGAGGUCUUUGGACCGCUCUUCACUAUCUCAGGUAUCCUUCCGGUGGCAAGAAACGGAUUCUCUGGACUGAUGCUAUAUGUAUCAAUCAGGAUGACCUCGCCGAGCGCUCUGAUCAAGUGGCCAUCAUGUACGCUAUUUUCAACCGUGGAUCAGAAGUCAUUGUCUGGCUCGGCGAAGUAUAUGAUAAGAGCAACCUCGCAAUGAAAGCUAUUGAGAGAAGUACGAAAGACUAUUCAGUGGCCGAGGCAGAGGCAGAAGCAGAAGUCGAUCUACGUUCAGAGGCGGAUAUCCUAGUCGAAAGACAUCACGCGAUUUUAUCCUUCUAUAAUCGUCCCUAUUGGAGCAGAUUAUGGAUACUGCAGGAGGUUUGUCUCGCGAGAAAGCUCUCACUGCACUGCGGAACAAAGUCAGUCAGCUGGGAACAAUUCGAUCACUUCUGGAUCCAUUUUCGACGAUCUCCUGGCGUGAAUCCUGACCACCCUUCAGGUCCUGGAGCAUCGUACGCAAUCCCGGAAGGUCUGGAAAUGCUCAUGGACAUGAUGCAUCGCCGCACAUGCUUCAGCAACCGAGUGUUCGGUUUGUUGGGUCUUGUUCAUCAGCCGCUCGGAGGCCGAUCUCUACAAGCCGAUUAUUCUACGGGCCUGCAGCAGCUAUAUAUCGAUGUUAUGGAAUGGUAUGUGGAAAACGAAAACGACAACCUGAAAGCCGAAAUAUACGGCAAUGUUGUUUUGGAAAUGAGUCAAGUACUCCAGGGGGCAUUGGAACGUCCUUUCCAAAGAGGUCUCGAGACCACCCCGAGUUUGGACGUAUCAAAUAUGAGGUGCGAGUUUUGGAUGAAGCCCGACCAAAUUAUUGACUUGGUUCAAUUCGUCGGACCUUCGAUGCAAGUGCAGCAAUCCCAAGAUGGGAAAUAUCUAGAACUACACACAGACAGGGAUCUACGGCCACAGGAGCUUAUACCCGAAACCUCGAGUACAAUGUCUUUUGAUCCUCAUGAGUCGGAAGUUCUCAAUAGCGCUUGGGUAGUAUACCGCCAGCUCCGGUCACGAAGUAUCCCACAGCAUUUUCUUACCAUUGAUAGUACCUGUCGCGCCUUCAUCAGCACGGAAGGUAACAUUUACCUAGGCGGAUCUGAUGUCGCCGUUGGAGAUAGAAUUUACUUCGUCGAAGAGGAUACCGGCCAAGACUUAUGGACCUUUAAGGUCGAGGAACAUGAGAGUCGCCAAGAGAAUGAGAGUCCCCAGCGGACUGAUGCUGAGGUGACAGGCUCUGUGUAUCGUUGGGCACCAUCGGAGGAUACACCCGACAGCACGGCAUUCAUUCAGCAGUUGAAAAUGUCAGCACAGAAUGUCACAAUCCCCAAAUUCGACAAAACUACCCAUCGUACACUCAUGCUCAGCAUACAAGACAUCCAGAGGUUAACAGAUAGCCAUAAUUCAAUAAUCAUCUUUUAACACUAAACACCAUUUUCUAACUAUAUCUUUAUAUAUCUUUCAUAAAGACGUUGGGAUUGAGCUUAACUUUGAAAUAAUGCACAGCUUUAUAC